ACAUCACAGUGACGUCCUGUGCGCAUAGAUGCCCUUACUGUAAAAAUCACAGCUCCACAGUCUCAUCAUUUUCUGCGUAUAAAACCGUUGUGCAAACGUCGGGAGAGCGUCAGCAGCAUGCAGCAGAGCGCAGUGGUCGUGGUGGCGGAUAAAACCAGCCUGAAAAGGCCGUUUAUCUUUGCAAAUGCUGUGAAUAUGGCUCUGUGCUUCUUCAUGUUGACCAUGACAGUAGCCUGGCAUAGAGAACUUAUACAAGCUGGCCAACUGGUGUCCAGUGCCUCUGUGGUGAUAUUAUACAUCCUAGAAAUUGGCUGCCUGCUUCUGUCAGUGAUCGGCGUGUUUGGAGCUUGUAGGGGAAAAAGAUGGUGUUUGAUGCUGUUUGCAGCUGGGAUGGCAGCAGCCAGUCAAACGAUAAUUGUUAAAACAGCAUUAAGUUAUCAAGAAGUCUAUGAGAAAGGUGUGGUCCGAGAGGAGUCCAAGCUGCUGUCCAUGAUGCCACUUAGUGGAACCAGCAAAGGAAACAGGACCCUGCUGUACAGUAUUCAAGCACAUUUUAAGUGCUGUGGUCUCAUUGAUGGAUACAAAGACUGGGGCUCCACCAUCCCUGCAUCCUGCAACUGUCAAUAUCCAGGAAAAUGCAUUCGACUACGGGGUAGUGCUACUCUUGGGGCUCCAAAGAACCAGUACGUUUAUCAAGAGCCUUGUCUACCAAUCUAUGUAUCUGCACUGAAACGUGGCUUCUCAUUGGCAAUGGCUAUACAGUUCGGAAGUGGAGUUUUUUGGGUGAUUUUACUGGUUAUGAGUAUCAAGCUGACGGUUCAGAUAAAAAGGAAACAGGAGUUCAUGGCUCUUCUUCAAUCAAACAGAUACGUUCCCGGGGCCUUCUAGUCACCUCGUAUGUUUUCACACACAAACUAUUAGCCAACACAUCUUGUUUGAAUUAGCACAAACACAUUAUGCUGUCAACUAUAAUCUGUCUAUUUGUGCUAUAGCGACAUACGUUGACUUAAUGAUUUUAUUAUUAACACCUAUUAAUGCAUGUACCUGAUGUUUAGAAGUAAUCAACAUGCAUAUAUAUAUCAGUUUCAGAUUACUCUUUUUUUUGCCCUCUGCUGUAAAAACAUAGUGACGUCACUAGAUUAACUGAUCUGUAUUAGUCAUUAUAUUUUCACAUGCUCUGAUACACACAUUUCCACUUCAAUGCUGCUCUAGAUGAGUAUCUCACUGAGUAUUAACCAGAUGUCUGUUUUCUUUAAUCAUAUAUUCCUGUUGUGAGUGAGAGCCUGGACUGUAUCUCGACUCUGGGUACCAGGAAAGAUCUGUUUAUGGCACAGUUUAGUGUUUUUUAUUGUAAAAUGUUGUUUAUUAUAAUGUAGCCACAAAGCACCAUAUCUAGAAAUACCUGUGAACCUAUUUUAAAGACAAAGUAGUGAUCCAGUUUAUCUGCUGUAUUGUAGAAAUUUUUUUUUAUAUUUUAUUUUUUCAGUAGGGAUGAAGGUGGGAAGUGUAUAUAUAUAUAUAUAUAUAUAUAUA